AUGCCUCCUCCAUUUUCUAUACGAGCCAAUGCGCUCAAACAACUCAUUUCUAAAACAGCUAUCAAAUCGGAAGCUCCGAUUAUCCUCCGAACAACCACCACCAUCCGCCAACCUUUCCUCCGAACUUCAAAGCCAGCACUCAAUGGCACACGCACCUUCUCCCAGUCUCACUUACUUUUGGCUAAGAAGAAAAGCAAAGCCGACCGCGAGCUCGAAGAAGCCGCGUCCGUGAACCAGGUCAUCGAAGACCCCUUCGACUUCAGCGAGUUGAACUCCGGGAUUGAGAAGGCUUUAAAGAAGCUCGAGGCAGAUUUAUCCAAGCUAAGGACUGGGGGCAGGUUUAAUCCUGAGGUGCUUGAUAAUCUGAGGGUGAGCUUGAGCAAGGAGAGUAAGAAGACGGAGAGGUUGGGGGAUUUGGCAAACGUGCUGCCGAAUGGGGGGAGGAUGCUUAUGGUGCUAGUUGGAGAGAAGGAACAUCUUCAUCCCGUUAUGUCUGCGAUCCAGGCCGCAAAGAAUAUCAAUCUCCAACCACAGAUUGAUCCGCAGAACUCGUCUACACAGCUGAAUAUCCGUAUUCCUCCUCCUACAAAAGAGUCGAGAGAUCAGGCAUUAGCAGAUGCUAGUAAGACUGGAGAGACUGCUAAGGCCGGUGUACAGACUGCCAGAAGUGUACAGCAUAAACGGCUGAGGGGUAUGGAGUUAAAGAAGGCAGCCAGGCCAGAUGAUCUAAAGAAAGCUCAAAAGGAGAUGGAGAAGAUUGUAGAGAAGGCCACGGCGGAUAUCAAGAAGACUGUUGAUACGGCAAGAAAGACUAUGGCCCAGUCAUGA